AUGUCAACGUCUGCCAACUCCACCGACGACAAGCUGCCAGUCGUUACGUGGAGCUACCCUGCCGGAGGCUCCAACGCCGAUCCUCCCUUCGAUGGCGUCGGCAUGGCAGUCGCUCACUCAGAAAAUGGGGCAUUUGAGGAUGUCACAAAAUCGCUGCAGCAUGACCUUGAUGGACUGGAAGACUCGGCCUUUCCGACUGACCAAAAGAACAGCCUGAGAGCACUGGAGCCAGUCAUGCGGUAUUGCAACACAGUCUGCGACGCAUUUGCGACAAGACUCGCCGAGCUCACAUCUCACUCGGACCAAGACCACAUCACUUGGAUUGAUCGGUUCCGCCUUCGUUUCAAUGAUGGCGACAUUCAGAUCUUGAAAGAAAAUCUGGCGCAAUGUCAACGCACUUUGAACGAUGCCUUGAGCUUUACAAAUCUGCGAACUGCGAAUCGAACACGUGUGGCCCUGGACGAGCUCGCCGCUAAUUACUCUCAAUCCGUCAACGACAUUGGAGGCCGAAUCCAAGGCCUGAAGCUUUCAUUGCAAGCUUUCUCUAUCUCUUCUGUGAGAGCUGCCAGAGAAGAUCUGGAUGAAGUUCUCAAUGUGUUGAAGGAGCACAACCGCAUCCUGAAAAUAUGUUUGCAAGUCUAUCAACCUGCCCUGAAAGAGACGAGAAGCUUGACAGGCACGACCUUGAGAUACGCACGCGCUUUUGAUACUGCAAGGGUGGCUACUGGCAAUAUCGAUUUCCACGGCGACGCCCCCUCAACUCACGUUGAGAGUGCAGUAGCAAGCGAUCAGGCACGUAUUUUCACUGGGAAUAUGGGUGACCUAUGA